AGACUUAAAUGGAGUUUAAUAAUUUCAUGAAUAUGAAUAUGUAUUUUAAUCUGUGAACAUUUUGUGCGAAUAUUAAAUGAAAGAAGAUUGUUUUAUGAAAGUUUAUUAUUCAUUGAUGUAACAACUUGUUCUGGUUCAUUAGUGUGGUCUAUUUAUCUGGUCUGCAAAUCAUUGUUGCAGGUGAUGUAAUCAUAUAUAAAUACAAGUAGGCAGUUACCCAACAUUGUGUGUCUAUAAAGAAGAGAAAGUUUGUGAGUUACUCAUUAUCUUCUUGAUAAUCUCAAGAUUGCUAGACACUUGAUCAUGCAUGUUCAGGGCAGUGGAAAUUGAGUCACUUCACAUUGUGUUGACUGCUGUAUUCUGCAGUAUAAUAUUUCCUGGGCUUUGGUGAUUUGUGGUUUGCGGUGGUGUGCUGUGUGUAUGGUUUAAAAAUCCAGUGAAAGUAAUGUUGGUAAAGCUGCUGGGAGAGAGGAUAUUAUCCAGUUGGUGUGUUUGUGUGUGUUUAGCUUUGCCAGUGGAUGUUGUAUAUUUUCUGGAAAGAAAUUAAUAAAUUGUGUUCUCAGUGUUUUUGGAGAGAUCUGAACAGAUAGGAGGUUGAGUGGAUGGAUAACGUAAACAUGGCCGCGGCACAGAAUUCUGGUGUUUCGCAGCCUCCAGGGAGCAGAGGCCCUGCCCCCCCUUUACCAGAAAAGCCGCCUUCUGUUGCGGAAAGAACAAGACUGUUGAAGUCAAGUUUUCGUAGAAAUGAAGACGACAGACCGGAGAAGCCUGGUCCAAGAAUUGUUGACGCCACUUUCGCUCGUUCGAGCCCACUUUCCGAAGUGACGAAGUCUGCCGGCUCAUCAGUGUCAAGUUUAAACUCUAACCCGGGUAGUUUGGAUUUGAGAGAUGGGGAGGACUCCUUGUCUGGUUUCAUAAACGGUCGCAGUACGCCGCCGUCAGUUGCGGGUAAGCAGACGGUCACAGUCACGACACCGGUCACACCUGUUACACACUUCAAUGACAACAAAGAGGCGGAGCAUCAAGCUCCAAUAAGUUCCGCAAAGAGAGAAGCGUUCUUCAAAGCAGCUGAGUUACCAGCCCCUACCCCUAAGUUUGACCCUAAUGCUCGCUUCACAAGUGACCCGCCCUGAACGGACACGAGAACCUGUUAAAGAUCCAGUACGAAACAUGGAACCUGUCGACAAAGAAAAGGAACGGGACCGCAAAUAUGGGGACACUACCAAGGAAUUAGAGGGCUACGUUGGAUUUGCGAACCUUCCAAAUCAGGUCUACAGAAAAAGUGUCAAACGAGGAUUUGAUUUUACGCUAAUGGUU